AUGGCAGCUCCAGGCUACGGCUACUAUCGCGCCAUCAUAUUCCUCUGCAUGUUUACUGGUUACUUCCUGUAUUUCUUCAACAGAAAGACCUUUUCUUUUGUCAUGCCUUCUGUGAUGGAGGAAAUAGAUCUAGACAAAGAUGAUUUGGGAAUGAUCACCAGCAGUCAGACCAUGGCCUAUGCCAUCAGCAAGUUCAUCAGCGGUGUGCUGUCGGAUCAGAUCAGUGCCCGCUGGCUCUUCUCCAUCGGCCUUCUUGUGGUUGGGGGGAUCAAUAUAGUCUUUUCCUGGUCUUCAGCUGUGUCUGUGUUCUCUCUUCUCUGGUUCCUCAACGGUCUGGGACAGGGCUGCGGCUGGCCCCCCUGUGGAAAAGCGCUGCGAAAGUGGUUCGAGCCCUCCCAGUUUGGGACAUGGUGGUCGGUGCUGUCCUGCAGUAUGAACCUGGCUGGGAGUCUGGGCCCCGUCCUGGUCACUGUGCUCCUGCAGUAUUACAACUGGAGGACCAUCCUGAGCGUGUCGGGGGGGGUCUGCGCAGCCUUCUCUUUUGUUUGUCUUGCUCUCAUAAAGAACGAGCCUAAAGACGUGGGCCUGCCGAGCAUUGAAGCCACGGUCAAGAAAGGGCAGAAAGGAGGGACUGAGAGCUCCCUGAGGGACUUCCUCCUCUCCCCCUUCCUGUGGGUGCUGUCUUUGGGGUAUCUGGUGGUGUUUGGAGUGAAGACAGCAGCCACUGACUGGGGCCAACUCUUCCUCAUGCAGGAGAAGGGCCAGACAGCUCUUAUGGGUAGCACCUACAUGAGCGCGCUGGAGGUGGGGGGGUUUGUUGGCAGCCUCGCAGCAGGUUUCAUCUCGGAUAAAGCUGUAGCUCGACAAGGCUUGAAGACUCACGGCAGCCCCCGCCACAGCCUGCUCCUUCUCAUGAUGGGUGGGAUGUACCUCUCUAUGCACUUGUUUAGAGUGACCAUCACACCUGAAAUUCCAGAGGAAGCUCCUCUGUGGGCUAAAGUCCUUCAUCCUGUGUCCAUCAUGACUGGAGUGUCUGAACAAGAGAUUUGGAUCCUGUUCCUUGGUGCCGUGUUUGGUUUUUCUUCAUAUGGGCCAAUUGCGUUGUUUGGCGUGAUAGCGAGUGAAUGUGCUCCUUCAAACUUCUGUGGGACUUCUCAUGCAGUCGUAGCUUUAAUGGCCAAUGUGGGAGCUUUCAUGGCGGGAUUUCCUUUCAGCACCAUUGCCAAACGGCACAGCUGGGAUGUGGCCUUCUGGGUAGCAGAAAUGAUAAUGGGAGUGACAACCAUCUGGUUCUUUCUAGUGCGUAACAUGCGCACAAGAAUGGGAAGGAUAGCUGAGAAAAUGGAAUAAUGACGUUUUAAAUACCAGACAUUGGAUCAUUUACU